UAGGCUGUACCGUUCCAGAAAGUCUCCAGAAAUGGAAGAGAUCAGACCUACUCGUUUAAAAAUAACUACAGCAAAUAAUUUCAGGGAGCCAAGUCCACAGUAUAGUGAUGGAUGGGAGUCACCACCCAGGUUGCCUUCAAGAGUGCCAGCAGCAAGGGCCCCUGCAACAAGGGUCACAGCCUCAAGAGCUCCACCUCCUCGAGUGCCUGCUAGAAUAGCAACCAGGUCUCCUGUCAAGAAACGGCCGGCAUAUGAUGAUGAGGAUGUGGAAACUGUCACUCGCCCAAAGAAGAUGGCUCCUCUGUCAUCUGGUCUAAUGGCACGCCUUGAUCAGCCUCAAAGGUCUAGUGCUCCUCAGGGAUACAAGGUAUUGGUUACUAAUCUGCACCACUGUGUUAGUGUUGAAGACAUGGAAGAGCUGUUUGGUACUAUUGGACCAAUUAUCUCUGCUCGAAUAGUGAGAGAGGGCAUUGCCGAAGCAGUUUUUCUGAACGAGGAGGAUGCUUUCAGAUCAGUUGAGGUAUUCAACAACAGGCAGUUAGAUGGACAGCCUAUGAGUGUAACUGUUGUUAACAAAAAGUCAUCCUCACUAUCAGCACCACCACCUCCACCAAUUCCUGCAAACCCUAGAACUCAAACCAAAUCUGUUUUAAAAGCUGCAAGAGGGCGCACGGGUUACUAUGUGUGAGAGUAAGUCUUGUAAGUUGACCCCUUUUUUCACUUGUUGAACUUUGUAUGAAUAUGGCAUUAUUGCCCUUGGUAUAAAAAAAAUAAAUAAAUAAAUAAAGAUAAAUGAAAUGAAUCAAUAUAUGAAUAGAUUAGGUAAAGAAAUGCAUAUUGUUGUCAGAAUGCUCUUAACGUUAAAUCAAGUUUUUGUUGCUCUCUAUCAAGCACUAAGUAAG